AUGCCUGUCCAGCUUCUCCCGGCUUCGGCCGCCGCCUUUGCCCCGAGGGCACCUUCAGUCAAUGUCGUGUUGGCCUCCAAGGUCGAGCCUUGGCUCACGCAGACCCUGAAGCGUGUCAACAAAGUAAAGCGUCCGCUCAACAGCGUCCCUCAACACCAAAGAUGCCUGACCGAGACCCUGUCAUCACCCAACGCCAUCUGGACUCUUGCCUCCCUCAUGCUGUCUAAACUUCCCGAAGCCGAAAUGCCCAGGGAGCCCCUCGAGGAGCUCUUCAGCUAUCAACUGGUUCACGUCGAGGCCUACAUUGUUCACGUCGACAUGGUCCUGCGCAACGAAGUUGCCUACAAACUCACAACCGAUACCAUCGAUGCCUUGGUCGAGUACCACGACAAGAUCCACUGCGCUGAUGCAAAGGCCAGCACCUACGACUGGUCGGAAAAGGAGCAACAGUGCAAAAAGCUCCACCAAGACUUUGUCCAGGCCAUCAACAAGUUUGUCUACCGCACCCACGUAAGCGCUUUGGAAGGCCUUGAAGAGGAGGGAGCAGGCGAGCUGCUGUGUGGCAGGAGCGAAGAAGUGAGGAACAGCCUCAUCGGAUUGAUGAAGCCUUUGUUGCCUCCACCCCCUCGCGUCGUCGACGUUGUGCGCCAGCCUACUCUCCUCCCAAGCUCUCCCGUCAACAACAUGUGGUCAUCGCAGCCGACAAUGCCCAGCUCUCUGCCUGCGGUCGAACCCUGGCGAGUCCUACCGUCAAGUCCAAGUGUGCCCUCGACAUCAGCUGAGCCCAACAACCCUCCAAUGUGGGCUACUAUGGGCAUCAACGAACUCCAGAUGCCCUCACCCGCCCCGGCCUUCACUCAACCGCACGCCACAGCUGCUCUUUACUUCACCUCGCCACCCAUUACCGCCCCCAUGCCUGCAGCUCUACCUUUACCCAGCAUGCUUUCUUCAUCGCAAUGCGGCGUUAGCGUUGGCAUGGGUGGCUUCGGUUGGGACCGGUACCAGGAGUAUGCGACGAUAAUGUGA